CUGGGCCCGGCCUCUCCUUUCUCAACUUAGGGCGGCGGCGGGCCCGCGCCCGUGGCUCCCGGGCCAUGGCGCUGAGGGAGCUCAAAGUGUGUCUGCUCGGGGAUACAGGUGUAGGUAAAUCGAGUAUUGUGUGGCGGUUUGUGGAAGACAGUUUUGAUCCAAACAUCAACCCAACAAUAGGGGCAUCUUUUAUGACCAAGACUGUCCAGUACCAAAAUGAGCUACAUAAAUUCCUAAUCUGGGAUACAGCUGGACAAGAACGAUUUCGUGCCUUAGCACCAAUGUACUAUCGAGGGUCGGCUGCAGCUAUAAUUGUUUAUGAUAUCACAAAAGAAGAGACAUUUUCAACAUUAAAGAAUUGGGUGAAAGAGCUUCGACAGCAUGGCCCACCUAAUAUUGUAGUUGCCAUUGCAGGAAAUAAGUGUGAUCUUAUCGAUGUAAGAGAAGUCAUGGAGAGAGAUGCAAAGGACUACGCCGACUCUAUUCAUGCAAUUUUUGUAGAGACCAGCGCAAAAAACGCGAUAAACAUAAAUGAACUCUUUAUAGAAAUUAGUCGAAGAAUUCCAUCCACUGACGCCAACCCGCCAUCUGGCGGUAAGGGCUUCAAACUCCGAAGACAGCCUUCAGAGCCAAAGCGGAGCUGCUGCUGACCGAACCUCAGCCCCUCAGACUUGAUGAUGAAGUAGGUGGUCCUGAAAGUUAACAGGAGGACUGGGGUGCCUACCACCAGUUUUCACCUAGCCAGUCUUGAGUCUUCUCUGUACAAAAAGGAUUCACAGAAAUUGACCAGUUCUGUUCUCCAGAGACUGACUGCAGCAAUGAUAUUUUAGUCUGUGAACUUCUAUUAUGUAAAGAAUCUCUAGUGUACAAAGGGACUACAUCGUUGGCUUUUGACCUUGCUGAAAAGGAACAUAUAACUUUAUGGAUGGUAGGAUUAAGUUGUUGAGUAGUUUUGUAAUCAAGAUUUUAUGUAACAUUUGUAAAGGGAAAAUUAGCACUUUCGUGGUUCUUAAGGGAAAAAAAAGACCUUGUGGAGAUUAUAAUUUCCUUCGUUUCUGUUACCACUGUUAGAGGGAGUUGUAUCAUUUAAAAUAUAGUGGGAUAGUUUAAGUGGAGGGAGGACAAUUAUUAUCUGAAGCUAAAAUGGGUUAUUUAUAGGACUGAUGGAAAUGAUUUCAUUUCUGCCAUCUCUAAAGCACUUUUCAUUGAACAUGUUAGCCUAGGAUACGUACAGUAAAUUAACAAUGAUAGCAGCAGAUGCCUAGCUCACCCUGGGUUUCCUUCUGACCUUGUCAUGGUGUGUGCCACCAAACACGUUAUUGGCACCUUUUUAAAUAAGCUCUCAUGAUCAAGAUGGUGAUGGUAGAGAAGCUGCCCAGAAUAAAUUGAAUUUCAUAUGUUCUGAACUGACUAGCAAUGGUUUAAAAAGAAAGAAAAGAGGAAGUGAAGAAGGUGGUGUAAAUGCUGUCAAUUAUUUUUUAACCCAAGUAUUUUGGUGGGGAAAAGCAAGUAUCUGUUGCUUAGCAUAUGUAAAGUUGUAGUCUAUAUUUAUGAGGCCAUUGCUUAAAGAUUAUAAAUUAUGUAAAUACAUUAAUAAACUCUUAAGUUUCAUUUGACAUUCCAUUGAAUCUUGCACCCAGUCUUGCAUAUGCCUGCCCAGUUUUCAGCCUGUUAACGGGAGACUCAGGCACAUUGGUAUUGUAUAAAGGUAUACAGUCUUUAAAGGUUACGGUCUGCCUUCCCUUCUACCCACCCGCCUUCUACCAGAUCCCAUCUGGAAAUGGUAAUAAGGACAUAUGCCACUUUGA